UUUCCAAUUGGAUCAUGCAUUUAUUUUCUUGUUUAUACAUAUGAAAACUGUGAUUAAACAUAAAUACGUUGUAAAAUGUUAAGUGUGCCCCGGUUUAUGUAGUUUUCUUGUUAUCCUUUGUGUAAACUAAGCUAUUCCGUAGGAAAAUGACAGAUCCUUGGAUGGUCCAAAACCCAGACCAUAAAAAUAAUUCGGUAGAAAACGGUACAAGCGAGGACGAGAUUCAGCAGCAGCACAGCAAAGAACAUUCGCAGGGAGCACCUUUGGAAUUUGAAGACAAUUUCGAACCCGUACAAGCAACACCUACGGGAAAUACUUCCGAAAACACACCUGAAGAGACACCCCCAAAGCGUAACGAAAAAAAUAGCAACAACACCUCUGGCUCCCUAGAGCCAUUGCCCGAUUCUGACAAUUACUUACGUGGACUCGAGCGAAAAUUGCAGAAAAUCAAAAAAGGUGCGAGUUUAGUAGAAGCAUUAGCAGAGAAGCGCAACGAUUGCUUACGCCAGCUAUUGCAUAGUGGGGAUCCCGAUAAUAAUAAUGCCGUAUUAGCGCUAGAUGAGCCUUUAAACAAUCUUGAAUUCUAUAGACACCUUCAACCGGUACAGGCUCUUUCUGUUGGGGAACUGGUGCACAUUGUGAAGCACGACCAACUCCAGCAGGAACAGGCGCAAGAAACUGCAGACAAGCAAGAGGAUAUAAAUCAGGAAAUUAAAAAAGAUAAAAAAGAGGAGACACAAGAAUAGACAGAAAAGGAUAGAUGCAAGCAUGAAUACACCAUUCGGAGAAGUUUUCCUCUUCCUCACCGAUUUGGCGUGGAAAAGUCGUGUUACUAUACCAAUGCUAGUAACGACGGCCUUCCUAAUCAUGGAUAUUCGUUUACAAAUAGAAAUAAAUAUACAAUCCGGACAGGCUGCUGCUGAUUUAGAUCAGCUUGAUGAGGAUGAUGAUGAUGAAGACGAUGAUUCGAGCGACUAUCUUACCGAUGAUUCGGAAGAUGAGGAUGAAAACGCAAAUAUGUAUAUGGAAUUUGCGCAUGCCGCUGAACAUGAACGCAGCGAGCAGGAAUACAACACUGCUAAUCGUCUGCGGCGAUCUCUCGGCUUGAGUUAGAUUUCGAUCUUAUUUGGACAAAGUAUGCUUAAAAUUUACUAUAUUAGCAGUUGCCUUUAAUGACUACAAAAAAUAAUACCAUCAUAAACCGUUGUCUAACCAGAAAGCAAAUAUUUUGCACUUGUGUUGCUCUUUAAAACUGCAAUUAUGCUUAAUAAAAUUUAACAAAUUUA